UGCACAAGCGACAUCAUGGCCCGAGAUUUCUUUAUGUACAAAGGCGUGUUCCACGCUGUCGCGUUUUCUUGCGGCGGUCUCGAAAGCGACGUGAGAUUUGCGAGGACGUUCAACGAUGUCUUUGUACUCACGUCGAUAUGGAGCCUCGGAAAUGUGAACGGGUCGUCGAUACGUACUCUUAGGAGGCUCUUACAGAACAACAAUCGCAAUUUAGGCGUUUACGUGGACGCGCGAUGCGACGGACACAAUUACACCGUGAUAUAUUCCGAGGCCACAAAAUCUUCCUUGUUCGGCGAGAUGCACAAGUGGCUGAUUUUGGGACGACAAUUGAACGAAACCGUGAACUACUUAAUUGACGACUCCUUCAGCGUAGUGACCGACAUCACGAUUGCCAUAGAGACCUCGACCGGUUUCGAUUUCUACGACGUGUAUAAUCCUUGCAAAUCACGCGGUGGCCGCUUGAACGUAACAGCUUUGGGUUACUGGACCGAGAAGUCCGGCAUGGCGAUCAGACUGACGCAAGCAAAGUACGAGAGGAGAUCCAACUUGCAUCGUAUGAAGGUCAAAGUGGGAGUCUUGCUGCCGCGUAGGUUCUACAAUUUGUCGGCGGACGAGAUCGCGUUGGAUCAAGACAUGAAGGCGAAAUACGGCCGGUCCCAAUUCCUGUACACGAUUUUGUUACACAUGGCUGAUCUCUUGAACUUCACCAUGGAUAUCGUGGAGGUGGAUCCGAGAAAGCGGCAGGACAAUUCCGCGCCGAUGUUCGUCGCUUUUCAAAAGAAGACGGUGGACAUCUCAGCCAGCCCGAUCGUGAUGAAGGCGGAGAGAUUACGGUCGGGAGAUAUCAUCGGUCCAGUAUGGCCGAUGCGAUCGUGCUUCUUAUUCCGGACGAUAUCUUCGGCGAACUUCAAGACGAAGCAAUUUUUGCGACCGUUAAAUAUUAAGGUCUGGUACGUGGUGCUCUCCACAAUAAUAGUCUCUGCGUCCGUUCUGGUAAUAUUGAUCAGACAGCAAGAAGGCGUUCAGACUCUUGCGGAGGGCUACAACAUUGCUAUUCUUUUUACGUUGGGCGCCAUUUCCCAGCAAGGUUCCGUGUUCGUUCCGGUGCAUUAUGCGAGUCGCAUAGCAUUCAUACACAUCAUGCUCUUCAGCGUGUUAAUCCUGAACUACUAUUCGGCGAGCAUCGUGUCCGACCGUUUAAAAAACGUAGACGUGAAGAUGAACGACUCGUUGAUCAGUUUGGCGGACAGCAAUCUGAGAGUAGCAGCCGAGCAGACGCCAUACGUUCGUUCUUUUCUACAGACACCGGAGAAAGAGAUACGGUAUUUUAACGCGAAACGGUGGGACAAACUACCGGAAUCCAAGCGUUAUCUGCCACUGGCGGAGGGCAUGGAUCGCGUGGCUAAGGGCGGCCUGGCUUAUCACACUUCGAUCGAAUCCGCGUAUCCGUAUAUCGAUCGACAUUUCUAUCAGCGGAUGAUAUGCGAGCUGACGGAGGUCCAUCUCUUUCGCGCGGUCCUCGCCCUUUGGGGCAGGCACAGGAGCCCGUUCACCCCGCUAUUGAAAAUCGGCUUGACCAAGAUGUAUGAUAUGGGCAUACGCACGCGGCAGCUGAAAUUCUGGUCGGCGAGGAGACCGUUUUGUCCGAAAAAUAUGCUAGUCGCGGAGCCGCUGUCGAUCCACGAAGCUACGCCCGUUUUCGUGUUUGUUGGCAUCGCCACCGUGCUAGCUAUCAUAAUCUGCAUAGUGGAAAACCUCAUCUGUUGGAUACGUCCCCGAUUAUCAGUAUAUUCUACCAACGGACUACGGGGAAAGCUAUGCUUUUCGACAUUGAGGAAGAGCAGCACGCCUGUUUCGCCGGGCGAAAUAUUCUCGCGCGAAUGAUCAAAUAAUAAUUUCUAUAUG